AUGGACGUGGAGAUAUCUAUAGCAGAGGAGAACGUUGGCACGAGCAACCCGAUCAAGGAGGAGGUCAAGAAGGAUGAUGGAGGAGCUUUCAAGGAAAUGUUAGAGGAUGAAAUAGAUUCUUCCAAGGAAGAAGAAAUCUGGAGGAGUCGACGGGAGAGAAUCAAUAAUGCAUUGGCAGCCGUGCGAAACGCGGAGCGACAAGAUCCAGCAGAAGUGCGUGCCGCUGCUCAAAGACUGGCGGAUGUCAUCAAGGACGCCGAUGUCGAAGAGUUCAUUUCUGCGAUCGAAAAGCUUGCCAAUCAAACCGAUCCGUCUGCCAUUUUCAAUUUCCGGAGAGUAUCGGGCACUUCCCUGCUCCACGAUGCUGCAAGAGCCGGCAAGGACGACAUCCUGAGGCUCUUGCUUGAUUAUGUCCCUGUCCAUCUCAUAGCUGCCCAAAAUGAAAGGGGAGAUACCCCCCUCCACCUGGCGACUGAGGCUAAGGGAUCUAGAGCUGCUGAGAUAUUGAUUCGCAGGACAAGAGACCUCCCCAACGUGGAGGACAAGAACCAGAUCCUGAGGAUGAAGAACAUAGAUGGAAACACCGCUUUGCACGAGGCUGUGCUUAAUUAUCACGUAGACGGGGUGCGCCAUCUAUUGAACGAAGAUUUGGAGCCCGUGUACUGGAAGAGCGCGAAUCAGAUGUCUCCCCUGUAUAUGGCCAUUGAAUCCGAAGAACCCGAGAUACAUGAGGUUUUAUUUUCGCUCCCGCUCGAACCAUCGAAGAUACAAGGCUUGCCGCCCAUUCAUGGUGCCAUCACGCGUGAAAACUUAAAUUUGGUCGCCUUGAUACUCAAAAAGAACAUGAAGCUAUUUGCAAUGACCGACUCCAGAGGCGGUAAUAUAUUCCAUUUAGCAGCUUACAUGAAUAUGGCCCGAGCAUUCGAAUUCUUGAGACCGGAAACUGAAUAUUUGGCCCAACAACGGGAUAUGAAUGGGGAUCUUCCCAUUCAUAUUGCGAGCAAGAUGGGUUAUGUUGAUCUAAUCGAGAAGCUACUUCCGGUAUCACCGUUGCUGAACGGGCGAGGACAAAACAUUCUUCAUGUGGCAGCAAAAUAUGGGAGAACUUCAGCAGUGAGAUAUAUACUGGGACGUCCAUAUUCAGAUAUGUUGAUAUAUGAUGGAGAUCAUGCUGGAAAUACACCUUCGCACUUGGCAGCGAUGUAUGCACAACCCGCCGCUUUGAUUCCUCUUAGGUUGGAUGAAAGAAUUAAUCCCGUCCGGAUGAACCAUGAAUGCUUGACUGCUCUUGACAUUGCUCUAGAUCGCUACAGAAGGGAGCGUACGUUGCGGAGGCGAUUGACAUUCAUGGUGUUGAUGUCCUUGACAUUUGAGGGAUGUGGAGCUGUAAGCACAGACUUACUCGUACUUAGGCCGGAAGCUCGAAAUGAAGACUUUGCAAUAUACUCCUUGCGCCAACAGAAGCUGAAAGAGGACCAGGUGAAGGAUGUGAUUAAUACCCGCCUGCUGGUGGCAACGCUUGUGGCCACUGUGACUUUCGCAGCUGGUUUUGCAGUCCCUGGAGGAUUUAACGGCUCGGACACGGCCUCUAAAGAUGAUCGGGGCAUGGCUACUAUGCUGGACAAGAGAUUGUUCCAGGCCUUCGCAAUUUGCAACACCAUCGCAAUGUUCUGCUCAAUGACCGCAGUCAUCAACCUCAACUGGGCACAGCAUUAUGACAUUGAAGCCGCGAUAUCUGCAUACGACCACUCAGAACUGCCGCUAGCAAUUGCACUCCCAGCUAUGUCUGUGGCUUUCUUAACUGGUGUCACCUUGACCGUUGGCAAACUUCAUUGGCUUGCAAACACCGUAUUUUAUUUGGGACUCGUUUUCCUCCUCAUUAUCUCAGGUGCUAAUUUGUUAGAGGACCCUCCCUUACUUCAUAGUAAUCAUCGUCCUAUCCGUCGUCUGAUACUCUGGUUUGUUCUCGCUUACAUUUAUUUUUGGGGAGUUGAGACGUACCUUUUGGAUGACUCAGAAGACAACAAAACGAUUAGUGGGACCUCGGCUAGUCGGCCUCCAGACAACUCGGCGACAGCAAUAUGUGGGGACGCGCCACAUUCUCCUAGUCACUAA